AUGGACAGUAUCCUACAAAGUGCGUCCACACUACUUUUCAUUGUGGAAUUCAUAAUUGGGAAUCUUGGAAACGGAUUCAUCUUCUUGGUGAACUGCAUAGACUGGAUGAAGAGAAGGAACAUCUCUUCAGUGGAUCAAAUCCUCACUGUGCUGGCCAUCUCCAGGAUUUUUCUCCUCUGGUUAGGAUUACUAGAUUGGUGGACAGCUAUAGUUUAUCCAAAUUCACUGACAACUGCAAAUAUGAUAGGAAUUCUGCUUAUCACCUGGACAAUGACCAAUCAUUUCAACAUCUGGCUUGCUACCAGCCUCAGCAUCUUUUAUUUUUUCAAGAUAGCCAUUUUUUCAAACUCGCUUUUCCGCUACCUAAAGUGGAGAUUUAAAAAGGUGAUUUUAGUGGUCUUGGUGGUGUCCCUGAUCCUCUUGGUUUUAAAUAUCUCGCUGGUGCACACUCAUACUGAUAUCAGUGCUGGUGGGCGCAAAAGCAACAUGACUAACAAUUCCAGUUUCAGGGAGCUUGAACGAGUAUUUGGGCCUGCUUUAUACAUAAACUCUAUGUUCUUGACCAUACCCUUUGCUGUGUCCUUCAUAGCGUUUCUCCUGCUCAUCUUCUCCCUGGCGAGACAUCUGAGGAACAUGCAGCGACACUCCGCAGGUUGCAGAGAAGCCAGAGCCGCUGCCCACCUCAGGGCUUUGCGCAUGGUGGUUAUGUUCCUCGUGCUGCUUGUCACCUUCUUUCUGUGUCUACUUGUUGAAGUUUGGGCAUUAGAAGUGAAGAAGUGGGGGGUCGUUUUAUUUGUGAGAGUGUCUAUAAUAGCUUUUCCUACUGUACACUCAUGCUGCCUGAUUCUGGGAAAAAGUAAACUGAGGCAGGCCUUGCUUCUGGUGCUGCAGAGGCUGAGGUGCAGGCACAUACGUGUGGCACUGUAG